GAGACCGGAAAAGCUGAGGCUUCGAGGCCUGCUCUGGUCUUAGGGGGAAGGCAAGGCAAGGCAAGGCGAGGCGCAGCCGCAUCGAGCGUUGGCGGAGCAACCGCUGCCGCCUCGAAUCAAGCCGGGCUGUUGUUUCUAGUGGGACGGGUUCCGGUUGGCUCGGUUAGCGCAGCCGCCGCCAGAGGCUGGCCAAGUCGGUAGACCUCAUGAUAAACGAGGAGCCGAAUGCCCCCGAAGAGGCGCCAGCGGCGGACAAGGAUACAGCCCCUUCUGAGAAGCCCGAGCAAGGCCUUGACGCAAGCGAGUGGAUCCUAGUGGUCCUUUCUUUCAUUGCAGUCACUUUGACUUUUCCCCUUUCCAUCUGGCUGUGCAUAGAGGUUGUCUAUGAGUACGAGCAAGCUGUCAUCUUAAGGCUGGGGCACAUGAAAAAAGGAGGUGCCAAAGGGCCAGGGGUUUAUUUUCUUUUGCCCUGCACAGACAUCAUUCUCAGAGUGGACAUGAGGACAAGAUCAGUUAAUUUACCGCUCCAGGAAAUUUUUACUAAAGAUCCGCUGAAUGUUGAUGUGGACGGUGUGAUUUAUUUCCGAGUGAAGAACCCCGUCCUUGCUGUCACAGGUGCCAUCGAUGUAGACACAGCCAUCCAGCUCUUGGCUCAAACCACAUUGAAGAUGGUUGUGGGGACCAAGAACCUCUCUGAAGUCAUCUCCAACCGGGAAAAAAUUGCACAAAGUGUACAGUCCACGCUGGACAAUGUCAUAAGUCAUUGGGGAGUAAAAGUGGAGCGUGUCGAAAUCAAUGACGUGAAGGCACGAGUAAAGGUAGCUACAGGGCAGGCCCCAGCCAGUGGAAGGACCAGCCCCAAGAUGGUGAAGGAAGCCACUGUCAUCAUGACGGAGUCCCCCUUGUCUUUCCGUCUGCACUGCUUGCAGACUGGGACCACGACCGUGGCCACUGAGCCCAACAGUACUGAUCAGCAGAGCUCCACCAUCAUCUUUCGCUUGCCAUAGACCUGCUGCAAGGCAUCAUGGGAACGCAGCUCUAACUCAGGACACCGGUGUGCAAGGAGAUGCUCUUUCACAGAAGGCCAGGGUCCUUAAAAGUGCACGACGAUGUUGGAUACUAAAGUGGUGAUUUUGUUUAGUUAGCGAUUCCCCCCCCGCAUUUACAUUUUGUUGUUUCAGUGUCCCCCCAAACAUGAAUAAAAAAGUAAAACACUGAGAAAGACCUCCCUUUCUCUUCUCCCCAAUGUAGACGUACUUAGCAACUUUGGAAGCUGUCUUAAACUGAGCCACACCAUUGUCCAUGUAGUUCAGUAUUGUCUACACUGACUGGCAGUGGCUCUCCGGGGUUUUAGGCAGGGAUUUGUCCCUGUAUUGCACGGAGGUGCUGGGGAUUGAACCUGGGACCUUCUGCAGAUGGCUCUAUGACUGAGCCGGAUGACCUGUCUGAUGAGCGUUAAUCCUGAUUUGUUGGCACAAAGCUUACAUUAAAGUUAAAACUAUAUCUGUUUUUUUAUUGAGCCACAAUUCCAAUUUGUUUGUGGGGAGAUUAUAUGACAAUGCAUUCAUCCUGAUUUGCUUGUGGGGUGUUUGCUU